AUGAGUAGUGUCAAGACUUCGCCAGUAAAGAAAGGAAAUACACCAGUCCCAGCUGAUGAAGGGAAAACUAAGAUCAAGCAGGAUCCUGGUGUAGCUUCCAAUGGAAGCGAGGGAGUGGAAGGUGGAAAUGAAGAGGAUCCGGAUUACUCAAUCCUUUCAGACCCAGAAGAUUAUCUUGAAGAGAACGAAUCUCUUGAUAUGAAUUUACAGAACGGUUCGCAGAAAAUUUGGUUGGUCAAACUUCCAAGAUAUUUGGCUGAAAAGUGGUCCAACAUAGACCAGAUAGGAGGUCAACAAUUGGGGAGGGUGAAGAUUAAGCAGGGGACAGGGGCAAAUCGUAAGCUUCAAGUGAAACUUGUUCUUGAUCAACAAGAUCAAAGUAUUCCUCAAGAGUAUGACAUAUCUGUGUUGAAUACUCAAGUGCGCAACAAUUAUGUCUUUUCUGAGGAGAAUUUGAAGAAGUUUAAGCAAGAGCUUACAGAGAUGGUUGAAAUGCCAGAACAACCACAUUUACAGCCUAUAGACAAGAAGAAGGCUGCAGAUCAAGCAUCUGCGGCUGCGGCUAUGGCUGCGUCUACGGCCAACGGCCAGGGAGCAAAUGUCACUGGAGCCAAGAAGAAGUAUAAGUUUUAUAGAGUGCAAAAGAACAAGGUAGGAAAAGACGGAGCUGCAGGACCUCCACCCAAGAAGUUUAUUCCGUUUGUUAAGACGAUCCCAAAGAAAACAGCCUUGGUUGGGAAGAUUUGCCACGAUUGUCAAAUAAUUCCUUCUAAGCAGGACAAUAAGUACUCUGAAAUCCUUUCCAAGAGAAACAGAAUCCAACCAGAGAAGGCAAGACCGAAAGUAACACUUUUAGAGGAAAUUCCGGGAGUUAUUCAAUCCAAUGCAGGACCAUCUAUUCGUGGUAAUAACACAUCUGUGUUCCUCAGGUCUAGUGCCGCCAAGGCGGGUGCUGGUGGAAUUGGAGGAAAAUCUGGAGAAGGUAGAGCCAUUAGAAUGCCUAAGAAAGAUUUAUUGGAUUUAUUAUUCAGAUUAUUCGAAGAAUAUGAGUAUUGGUCUAUGAAAGGUUUGAAGGAAAGAACUAGACAACCAGAAAGCUACCUUAAAGAAUCAUUAGAAUCAAUUGCAAAUCUUAUUAAGAAAGGUCCAUAUACAUCGAAAUAUAAUUUGAAACCCGAAUAUAAAAGAUUACGUGACGCAGAAAGAGCUGCUCGUUUGGGUUUGGUUACAAAUGACGAUGAGAAUAAGAGCGGUGAUGACGACGAUGACGAGGACGACGAUAUCGAAAUGGAAGAUGUCAUCUAG